AUGUCAAAGAAACAACAAUUCUCUUUGGCUUCGGCCAAUGUGAGAUGUGCAACAUUGAUGGGACAUGUAGAUCAUGGAAAAUCAUCUUAUGCAGAUUCAUUGUUGGCAUCAAACGCAAUCAUUUCUUCACGUCAAGCGGGAAAGUUGCGUUAUUUGGAUUCAAGAGAAGAUGAACAAGAAAGAGGAAUCACAAUGGAAAGUAGUGCUGUCAGCUUGAACUUCAAAACUAGACAUUUACGUCCAGAUGGAACACCAGGAGACGUUCAAGAUUGCAUGAUCAAUCUCAUCGAUACACCCGGUCAUGUCGAUUUCUCAAGUGAAGUGUCAACCGCAAGCAGACUUUGCGAUGGUAGCUUGAUCAUCGUUGAUGUUGUUGAAGGUGUAUGCACACAAACAAUUAUGGUGCUAAGACAAGCUUGGAGUGAAAGAUUAUCGCCAAUCCUUGUACUCAACAAGAUGGACAGGCUGGUAACUGAAUUGAAACUUUCACCUAUUGAAGCAUAUCAUCAUCUGAACCAACUCAUAGAACAAGUGAAUGCAGUCAUGGGAUCAUUCUUUGCCACAGAACGUAUGGAAGAUGAUCAGAGAUGGCAUGAAGACAGAGAAAGAAGAUUGCAAAAGAAGAAGGAGGAGCAGGAUCAAAAAGCCAUGGAAAGCUUGGAAGAUGCCGACGCCACCACCUCAAAUGGAGAAAAUGAGGCAGCAGAACAAGAGGACAGGUACGAGGAGUUGGAUGAUGAGGAUAUCUACUUUGACCCAGGAAGAGGUAAUGUGAUCUUUGCAUCUGCUAUAGAUACCUGGGCUUUCCGACUAGAUCGCUUUUCCCACCUAUACGCAAAGAAACUUGGAAUACAGGAGCGCAAAUUCCGAAAGGUUCUCUGGGGAGACUUUUAUUUUGACCCCAAAUCAAAACGAAUCAUCGGUCACAAGCUAAAAGAGAAGCAGGGCAGAAAUUUGAAGCCAGUAUUUGUGCAAUUCGUGUUGGAGAACAUUUGGGCUGUUUAUGAAAGUGCAGAAAAUCGUGAUCAAGAAAAGAUCGAAAAGAUUGUCAAGACAUUGGAUCUAAAAAUUCAUCCUCGCGAGCUGAAAUCAAAGGACACCUCAGCACUAGUGCAAACGAUAUUUGCCCAAUGGCUUCCUCUGGCUUCAUGUACUUUUGGUGCAUUGAUGUCAAACAUCCCCGCCCCUGCACAAGCACAAGCGAUUCGGAUUCCAAAGAUGUUGCAUCCUGAUCUGAGCUACUUUUCCAAAGCUGAACCUCGCAAUCCUCUAGAGGUGGACUUGUUCUCUGCCCGAACUGGCCCUGAAGCUCGUAGAUGCGCCUAUGUGAGCAAAAUGUUUGCUAUCCGUCGUGGUGAUCUUCCUGAAGGCAGAAGACGAGAAUUGACUGCAGAUGAGAUGAGACAGAGAGGGCGGGAAGCAAGAGAGAGGGUACAAGCUAUGAAAGACACACUCAGUGCUACAGGCGUGACUAUUGAUCAAAGCAGUCUCGGCGCAGAUGGAACCAACGGCUCCGCGGUACCAAAUCCAAGCGAUGAGCUCACAGAUGAACAAAAAGCCGAAGAAGUCGUUUUGGGAUUCGCACGGCUGUAUAGUGGUACAUUGAGUGUUGGUCAGACGAUCAGCGCUAUCUUGCCCAAAUACAAUACGGCCCUGCCUCCAAACCACAAAGCCAAUCUGAAAUUCAAAGUUGACGUCACAAUUGAAGGCCUAUACAUGAUGAUGGGUCGUGAACUGGUGGCUGUGGCGGAGGUACCUGCUGGAAAUGUGUUUGCUGUUCGAGGUUUGGAGGGAAUCGUUCUCAGAAACGCUACAUUGUGUGGCUUGCCAUCCAACGCAAAUCAAGAAGAAGAACUCAAGAUUGAGGAUGUUGUCAAUUUGGCUGGGGUAAGCAGACUGAACUCGCCCAUCGUUCGAGUUGCUCUUGAACCCAAGAAUCCAACGCACAUGUCCAAGUUGGUAGAGGGAUUACGAUUAUUGAAUCAAGCAGAUCCAUGCGUUGAGACGAUGGUACAAAGUACAGGAGAGCAUGUGAUCGUUUGUGCUGGAGAAUUGCAUCUUGAAAGAUGUUUGAAAGACUUACGUGAACGGUUCGCAAGAUGUGCAAUUCAGGCCUCUCCACCUUUAGUCCCCUUCCGUGAGACGGCAAAAAAGGCUGCGGAAAUGCCACCUCCCAAGACUGAGGGUGCUCAGAGGGGUACCAUUCAUGCCAAAACUGCUGGUGGCCAAGUCGAGUUAACAGUCCGUGCUGUUCCUUUGCCAACAGAAGUAGCAGACUUCUUGCUGAUCAAUAGCCGGAUCGUGAAGAGAUUGCUGCAACGCGAACGUCAUCAAGAUGGGGGUCUUGCUUCAGAGGUAAUGGAAGACAAAGAAGGAGAAGGAGCAAUUCAACAAGAUGAAAGGGAAGUAAAGAUGGACGUCUUUUGGGACAAACUUGAUAGUUUGCUGGCUAAGAGUGGACCAAUGUGGAAAGAUGUCACGAAUGCAAUCUGGUCCUUGGGCCCUCGUAGGAGUGGUCCGAAUAUGCUUGUGGAUAAGCGGUCCGAAAAUAAUAGCAAGCUUGCAUCUUUGCGCUCACAAUCUGGUCCUUCCAAGACUGCAUGGUCUCUGGCUGAUGUAGAAGAGGCGAUUGAUACCGGUUUCCAACUGGCUACUUUGCAAGGACCAAUGUGUGCUGAGCCGAUGCAUGGAAUGGCCUUCUUUGUGGAAGGUGUUGCAGUCGUAAGCGGUGAAGAAUCGAAUGCAACUCAAGUGAACCACUCGCAAAUGACAAGUGCUGUGAUUGGUUCUAUGCGUGAAUCCUGUCGAUCGGGUCUAUUGGAUUGGAGUCCUAGGUUGAUGUUGGCGAUGUACACGUGUGAUAUUCAAGCUUCAACAGACGUUUUAGGUAAAGUUCAUGCUGUACUGUCACGAAGACGCGGUAGGAUCACUUCGGAAGAAAUGAAAGAGGGCACGUCAUUCUUUACUGUCGGUGCUCUAUUACCCGUUGUGGAAUCGUUUGGAUUUGCAGAUGAGAUCCGAAAGCGAACUUCGGGUGCUGCUAGUCCGCAAUUGGUUUUCAAAGGGUACGAAAUCUUUGACUUAGAUCCAUAUUGGGUGCCACGUACCGAGGAAGAAUUGGAAGAUUUGGGAGAAUUUGGAGAGAGAGAAAAUGUGGCAAAACGGUAUAUGGAUCGUGUACGGAAACGUAAAGGGCUGUUUGUCUCUGAGAGAAUCGUCGAAGGGGAGAAACAGCGUACAUUGAAGUCUAAUUAG